ACUAGUGCUUAAAGCUUUCAUCCCAGCAUUUUGGCUCACACACGAGAUCAGUCUGUAUAAGAUAAAGAAUUUGCUGGAGAAUGGAUUCCUACAGACCUGUCAUCUCCUUUAUUAUUUUAAUCUCCGUCCAUGUGGGACAUACACUACGGUGUGCAUGCAAAGAAGAUUUAAGAACUUGCAUAAGUAUUCAUAACAUGCAAGCUGACUUCAAAACUGCCCAGAAGAUCUGCAUGGAAAAUGGAGGUAAAUUACUAACGCCAUCGAGUAAAAUUAUUGACAGUUUGCUUUUCAACACAACAGGACACUUCUGGAUUGGGGCAGAAGGUAAAUGUUUAAGCAGUAGCAGAAAUUCUCAACGUGAUUCUGAGACUCUGAACAGAGGAGGGGAAGAUGUGGCGUGUUCCUCACAGUGCAUGUGGGUUUCUAGUAACAGGAAGUUUGAGCGGCCGUGCGAGGAACAGGCCGACGGCUUUUUGUGUGACGGCAUUCAGUGGGAAAACUGCUGGGAGGAUACACCGUCUGAAGUGCAAAUUCUGAAUAAGAAAGACUGUUCACUUGCUCCAUGCGAACACCGGUGUAAAAAUGUUCCUGGAGGCCACAUGUGUUCCUGCCUUCCGAGGUUCAGGCCAAGCAGGAAACAUCCUGAACGUUGUGAGUACUACUGCAACUCUGCCACGUGCCCACAGCUUUGCCCCACAUGUGAGUGUCCUGAAGGCUUCAUCAAAGACGAGAAACAGUGCACAGAUUUAGACGAGUGCAAGUCGAAUCACCACAACUGUGCGCAAAAAUGCAGGAAUACAUUCGGAAGAUACAAGUGCUCUUGCCACGAAGGGUUCAUGCUGGUAAACAAAUCUAAAUGUGUUCCUCUUAUAAAACCAACUCCAUUAACUGCCAUGCUUGGUACACCAUCUGUAAAUUACACGCUGAGUCAUGCGGCUUUUGCCACUCCAGCAGAGUAUAUUGGUCUUACACUGUUUAUCAUUCUGGCAAUAUCUGCUCUGAUUGGACUUCUGUAUUAUUUGCGAAAAAGCAAAUCUGAUGUACUUCUAAAAAAUAGCGAUGCUCCAGACGACACCACAGUUCAAGAGGCACAGUUACACCUGUAAAACUACUUCUUGUCUUCACGACCAGGAAUAACAUCUUGGGUGACAUUGUUUUAAUUUUAGACAGUUUAAGAUACAUGUUGAAGUAAUGUUAUUAAUUUCUUACAUUUAUGAGCUGAUACCAAUGUAAACAUGUAAUGCUAAAAACGAUGAUCAAAUUAAACCUAUUUACACAUAUUAUAUAAUAUUAUACCUAAUAUUUAAGUCAUAAUGAAAGGACUAAUGAUGGACAGUGGUAUAUACCUAAGUACUCAGACAUCAUAUUUGGUUUUAACAUUUUAUAUACAAUAAAUAAGCUUUCUUAUAAGCUGUAAACAAAAAAGUCCAGGAUGCCAUUUUUAUGCCAAACAAUAAUGAGGUGUUGUAGUAGUAAAACUAUAAACAAUAAAGACAAACACUGAAUGAAUUUCAA